AGCCAGUCUCAGCUCCAGUGCCCAUCGCUCUCUAUGCUUCUGUUGUUAAGCACAGCGGGGCACAGAACAAAGACGGCACAAAGAGGACUCUUGUCAGACUAAUUGUCGAGGACAAUCCCCAAAUAAAGCGUCGUCGUCGAUAUAAUAUGCCUGAUGACCAAGAAUUGCCACCAUAUGUUUCUCCAUCCGAGAGAAGGCGACAGCGUCUACAGAAUAUGUCUGAAGAAGAACGAUUGGCACAACGUACCUCUGAAGCCGAGAGAAGCCGGCGUCGUCGACAGAAUAUGUCUGAAGAACAACGAUUGGCACAACGUACCUCUGCAGCCGAAAGAAAGCGACGUCGUCUACAGAAUAUGUCUGAAGAACAGCGAUUGGCACAACGUACCUCUGAAGCUGAAAGAAGCCGGCGUCGUCGACAGAUGAUGUCUGAAGAGCAACGGUUGGCACUACGUAACUCUGCAGCUGAAAGAAAGCGACAACGUCUACAGAAUAUGUCUGAAGAACAACGAUUGGCACAACGUACCUCUGAAGCCGAAAGAAGCCGGCGUCGUCGACAGAAAAUGUAUGAAGAACAGUCAUCAACAAGUACUACCAGUACUGAUAGGAACUGCCUUCAUAGCGAAAAUGAGUCAACAAGCAGAUAAAUGACAAAGAGCGAGUGGCAGCUGCAAUGGAGAACCCCAACUUACGGGAAAUCGUGGAACAGUGUGUCCUUGAACCUGACUGAUAGCUGUUUUAAGAGCCACUGAACUUGUUUGAUAUGUCUGUUUAAACUCCUUGUAAAAUGUAAAAGACUCAUGUUUAAUACAUAGGUGAUUUAUACCUCAAAGCAUUUUUUUAAAAGAUGAUUUCCAAGCAAGAUAUGGUAGUACCUAGUUUGUUCAUUGUAUAACAUUCUCAGGAUUUGUAACACUUAAAUGAUCAGACAGAAAAAUAUUUUCUAGUUAUUAUGUGUAAGAUAAGUUGCUAUUUUUCUGAUGCCUAUUCUGAUACAACUGCUUUUCAUGUCAAAUAUUUACCGUGUCCAAAUGUAUUCAAUUUAAAUCUUUACUCUGUAAAAUAAAUAAAGCAGAGAUGAUUCUUUCAAUGACA